ACAUCCCAGGCUUUAGAAGUGGUUAAUGCUUAAGUUGGAAGUUACAGACCCUGUUAACGCAGCCACUGCUGUCUGUAGUUUGGGAGUUUGUGUCUACUAAGAGCUCUGUUGUGUGGGUGGAGGAAGGCUUGAUCAUGCCAACUGUACAGUAGUUCCGAAGUAGAACUCAAAAUGCACAGCAAGAACGAAGAAAAGGGAGCUUCCGCCAAUAGCAGUAAAGACAGCAAGCACCCCGAUGGCACCCAUGCUCCUCCUGGCUGGUGGAAAUGGAUGAUUGUGCUUAACUAUUUUCUGGUCAAUAUCUUUGUAAUGGGAACACUGAAAAACUUUGCAAUAUUUUUUGUGGCCUUUGAAGAUGAUGUUGGUGGCUCUUCUGAGCAGAUCAGCUGGAUUGGUUCUACCAUGUCUUCUCUUCGAUUCCUAGCAGCACCAUUGGCAGCUAUGGCAUGUGAAAUGCUAGGAGAACGAACAACAGCUUUGAUUGGAGCUUGUCUAGUUGGUGCCGGCUGCCUUAUCAGCACAUUGGCCACAAGCAUCUCUUUCCUUUGUGCAUCUAUGGGAUUGUUGCCAGGACUGGGUUUUGCUUGCUUGUACCAGACAGCAUCUGUGAUUACUGUUAAGUACUUCAAGAAAAGGCUGGCUGUAGCCAAUGCGAUUGGCCGUUCGGGAAUGGGAGUGAGUGUUGUGCUGGCACCCUUUGUUCAGUUCCUGAUAGAAAGGUAUAGUUGGCAAGGGGCCCUACUGAUAUAUGGUGGUAUAAUGUUGAACCUCAUCCCUUCGAGUUUGUUGCUACGGCCCAUUAAGGAGAUGGAAGUUGUAGGUACCAGAAAUGACAGCAAACAAACAGCUGCAGUCUGUAAGUUUUCAGAACGUUUGAAAGAUGGUUCAGAUGGAACGUGCAUUACAGAAGGAGCCAUUUUCAUUUCUAUGAGUCAGGAACAUGUCAAUACAAAAAGAGAAGAGGCGGGUGAAGCACAAUUAGCUCCAGCAAACUACAAAUACGGAGCACUGGACAAAGACAGCCUCCUGGGCACCCAUCUGGAUAGGAACGGUUGCCAAACUGGUAGUGGAAGAUCAAUUCCAAACAAGGAAGGAAAUUCUAAGCCACAGACUUUUCUCAACAAACAGUGUCAGUCCAACUUUUCCCAGCUGAAAAACCCCUUCUUCUAUAUUUUCACAUGGUCUUUUCUUUUCAGCCAGCUAGGCUACUUUAUACCCACCUUCCACCUUGCAGCAAGAGCCAAGACUUUGGGCAUCGACCCAAUGGACACUGCUUACAUCAUUACAGUGGCUGGAAUAAUUGAGACAGUUAGUCUAUUGCUCUCUGGUUGGAUUGCUGAUCAGAACUGGAUCAAGAAGUAUCAUUAUCAUAAGACAUACCUCACUCUUUGUGGAAUCACUAACCUUCUGGGUCCUUUGGCCACGACUUUCCCACUACUUAUGACUUACUCUGUCACUUUUGCCAUUUUCAGUGGUGGAUACCUGGCACUUCUGCUUCCUGUGCUGGUAGAUCUCGUAGGUGCUCCCAAUUUCCACAGUGCUUUGGGAUUUGCUUCAUUUGUUGCUGGGAUUGGAGUCAUUGCUGGACCUCCCAUUGCAGGUUGGCUAUAUGACUGCACUAGGACAUACACCUACUCUUUCAUUUUUGCUGGCAUUUGUUUUAUAAUUUCUCCCAUUUCUCUAUUCUUUGAACCGAGAAUCAGGAAAGAAUAUUCAAGUAAAACACUGCAUUUCUACAGCAACUGAAAGAAGCUGUACCAGCUAGUAUAUGUAAUUAAGUGCAACCAUGUAUUCACUCUGUAAGAAAUAAAAACAAAUUAGAAGACAUUCAUAUUAAAGUUUCUGCAUUUUCUGUGCCUAAGUACCCUGUUUCCCCUAAAAUAAGACCUAACCUGAAAAUAAGCCCUAGUAUGAUUUUUCA